AGAACGUCCAGUACUUAAAUCACAUCUCAGGGACAGCAGGUAGCCAUCCAUUAGCUAGCUAGUCAAAUUAACUUCUACACGGCCAUGUAUCCCCCUGAUCCGUCCAAGUCCGGCGAGUCGUCGGCGGCGGCGCCGGAGCCGGUGACCGGGAUCCCCGUCGGCAUGUUCUACCCUGCUCCGCCGAUGGAGCGUGUGGUGUCGUGCCGCAUGGCGCCGGCGGCUGGAGGGGCGUGGACCACCGCCCUCUGCGACUGCGCCGACGACUGCAACACCUGUUGUAUGGCGUGCUGGUGCCCGUGCAUCCCUGUCGGCCAGAUCGCAGAAAUCGUCGACAGGGGCUCAUCAUCGUGCGCGUUGAACGCGGUGCUGUACUGCCUGGUGUUCCACGUGUCGGCGGGGAUGUGCCAGUGGGUGUACUCGUGCGCCUACCGCGCUCGCCUCCGGGCGGCGUACGACCUGCCGGAGACGCCCUGCUCCGACUGCCUCGUCACCUUCUGCUGCCAGACCUGCUCCAUCGCACAGAUGCACCGUGAGCUCAAGAACCGCGGCCACGACCCUAACCUUGGAUGGGAGGUGAACUCGCGGAGGACGAUGAUGACUCCUCCCCAACACCAAGCGAUGGAAGGAAUGACAACUCCCUCAUAACAACUACUCAUCAUCACCUCUCGAUCGACCAAACAAUACAUACACACGAUAUAUAGCUAUUACAAGCAUGUACACCCUUUGAUUUAUAAAGUGGCAAUACAUAUAUAGAUGUGUGACGCUUAUUUUAUUUUAUAAACAUAUUUUUUUUUCUGUUUUCCAGGUUAAGUUGUCUCUGCUAUUUUAAAGACACAGCCGCCCUCCUCCCUCCUUACCGCGCGCACCCCGUAUUACUCUAGAGUCUAGAUCCUAUCCUGCUGCUACAAUUAAUGCUUGUACAUAAUACUAGAAAUUCAAAAAACUAUGUAUUAAUGGCUUGUUGGAAAACGUAAAUAAAAACAUAAGGAGUUCCACA